ACACCGCGAUCACGAAAAGAGAACAGACUUUUGAAGGGGGGUUUCAUCGACGAUAACAACGAUGAUCUUUCCUACUUCAACUUCCGGAUACUUUGGCCAGCCGUUACGUGUGCAGUGUUUUCGAUGACGUGUUUCAUAGUCGCCAUAGCUGGCUCGUUACAUACGGACUAUGUGCCCACAGAGAAGGAAAUAAAACGGUCGUUUUUCGCUAAAUAUGGCAGCUCAUUCUACCAAUGUAAUUCGACGCUGUCGAUGCCAACGAAUGGUCUGCCAUCCGUUUUGAAUCUGUUCGAGACCAAUGUUAUCGGUAACAUUCUCUUCCGAUUAUGCGUGUGCAUACCGAUGGUUGUUCGGUUGUUCAUUACGAAUUGUCACAGAGGUCAACAGAUUCUGCAAAAUCGUGUUUGUUAUGGUUGCUGGCACGAGCAUGGUGGUGACUACUGCGGUUCAAUACUCUUUCAGUAA